ACCGUCACCCCUCCUCCGCCCCCGCCCCCUCCUUCUCUUCGGCAAUCAGGGGAAUAAAUCAGGGAGGAAACCGAGAGGGAGGAGAGAGCGAGAGAGCCAGAGCGCGAGAGCCGGCGGGCUCGCUGAGGUCUGUUUCCAAAGUCGCCCUUGAUGGCGGCUGAGGCGAGGCAGCCGCGACGCGGAUCGGCCAACGCGCGCUAGAGGGUCCGCCCGCCGCCGCCCCUUCCCCCGCUCCGGGUUUCGCGCUCGCCGCCCCCAGCGCCCCUUUUGCGCCUCGGCCCUGCACGCGCCUGCCCUCCAGACGUUCGUGGUUUGGAGAGAGUGUGCUCCUUUACCUUCUCCCGCGGUUUCCAGCACCAUUUCUUCUCCGAGUUGGGGAGGGAGGGGGGAUUGAUCUUCGAUCGCGAAGAUGGCUGCUGGCUGCCUGCUGGCCUUGACUCUGACACUUUUCCAAUCUUUGCUGAUCUGCCCCUCGUCGGAGGAGCCGUUCCCUUCGGCCGUCACUAUCAAGUCGUGGGUGGAUAAGAUGCAAGAAGACCUUGUCACGCUGGCAAAAACAGCAAGUGGAGUCAAUCAGCUGGUUGAUAUUUAUGAGAAAUACCAAGAUUUAUAUACUGUGGAACCAAAUAAUGCACGCCAGCUGGUGGAAAUUGCAGCCAGGGACAUUGAGAAACUUCUAAGCAACAGGUCUAAAGCCCUAGUGCGCCUGGCUGGAGAAGCAGAGAAAUUACAAGCAGCCCACCAGUGGAGGGAGGACUUUGCAAGCAAUGAAGUUGUCUACUACAAUGCAAAAGAUGACCUUGAUCCUGAAAAAAAUGAAAGUGAGCCAGGCAGUCAGAGGAUAAAACCUGUUUUUAUUGAUGAUGCUACUUUUGGACGACAAAUAUCCUAUCAGCAUGCAGCAGUCCAUAUUCCCACUGACAUCUACGAGGGCUCAACAAUUGUGCUAAAUGAACUGAACUGGACAAGCGCCUUAGAUGAGGUUUUCAAAAAAAAUCGAGAGGAAGACCCUUCAUUGUUGUGGCAGGUGUUUGGCAGUGCCACGGGCCUGGCCAGGUAUUAUCCAGCUUCUCCAUGGGUCGAUAAUAGCAGAACUCCUAACAAGAUUGACCUUUAUGAUGUACGCAGAAGACCAUGGUAUAUUCAAGGAGCUGCAUCACCUAAAGACAUGUUGAUUCUGGUUGAUGUGAGUGGGAGUGUUAGUGGACUGACCCUCAAACUCAUCCGAACCUCUGUCUCUGAAAUGCUGGAAACCCUCUCGGAUGACGACUUCGUGAAUGUAGCUUCAUUUAACAGCAAUGCCCAGGACGUAAGCUGUUUUCAACACCUUGUCCAAGCAAAUGUAAGAAAUAAGAAAGUGCUGAAAGAUGCAGUGAAUAAUAUCACUGCAAAAGGAAUCACAGAUUAUAAGAAGGGCUUUAGUUUUGCUUUUGAACAGCUGCUUAAUUACAAUGUUUCCAGAGCCAACUGCAAUAAGAUUAUCAUGCUGUUCACGGACGGUGGAGAAGAGAGAGCUCAGGAGAUAUUUGCCAAAUAUAACAAAGAUAAAAAAGUACGUGUAUUCACAUUUUCAGUUGGUCAACAUAAUUAUGAUAGAGGACCUAUUCAGUGGAUGGCCUGUGAAAAUAAAGGUUAUUAUUAUGAAAUUCCUUCUAUUGGAGCUAUAAGAAUCAAUACUCAGGAAUAUUUGGAUGUUCUGGGAAGACCGAUGGUUUUAGCCAGAGAAAAAGCUAAGCAAGUCCAAUGGACCAAUGUGUAUCUGGAUGCACUGGAGCUGGGACUUGUCAUUACUGGAACUCUUCCUGUCUUCAACAUAACCGGCCAAGACGAAAAUGUAGCAAACUCAAAGAACCAGCUGAUUCUUGGGGUGAUGGGAAUUGAUGUGUCUUUGGAAGACAUCAAAAGGCUGACACCACGUUUUACUCUGUGUCCCAAUGGCUAUUAUUUUGCAAUCGAUCCUAAUGGCUAUGUUUUAUUACAUCCAAAUCUUCAGCCAAAGAACCCCAAAUCUCAGGAGCCAGUAACAUUGGAUUUCCUUGAUGCAGAAUUAGAGAAUGAUAUAAAAGUGGAGAUUCGAAAUAAAAUGAUAGAUGGAGAAAGUGGAGAAAAAACAUUCAGAACUCUGGUUAAAUCUCAAGAUGAGAGGUAUAUUGACAAAGGCAACAGAACAUACACAUGGACUCCUGUCAAUGGCACGGAUUACAGUUUGGCCUUGGUAUUACCAACCUACAGUUUUUACUAUAUAAAAGCCAAAAUAGAAGAGACAAUAACUCAGGCCAGAUCAAAAAAGGGAAAAAUGAAGGAUUCAGAAACCUUGAAGCCAGAUAAUUUUGAAGAAUCUGGCUACACAUUCAUAGCACCAAGAGAUUACUGCAAUGAUCUUAAGAUAUCGGAUAAUAACACUGAAUUUCUUUUAAAUUUCAAUGAGUUUAUUGAUAGAAAAACUCCGAACAACCCGUCAUGUAACACAGACUUGAUUAAUAGAGUCUUACUGGAUGCAGGAUUUACAAAUGAACUUGUCCAAAAUUACUGGAGUAAGCAGAAAAACAUCAAGGGAGUGAAAGCACGGUUUGUUGUAACCGAUGGUGGGAUUACCAGAGUUUAUCCUAAAGAGGCUGGGGAAAAUUGGCAAGAAAACCCAGAGACAUAUGAGGACAGCUUCUAUAAACGGAGCCUAGAUAACGAUAACUAUGUUUUCACUGCUCCCCACUUUAACAAAAGUGGACCUGGUGCCUAUGAAUCAGGCAUUAUGGUAAGCAAAGCUGUAGAAAUAUAUAUCCAAGGAAAACUUCUUAAGCCUGCAGUUGUUGGAAUUAAAAUUGAUGUAAAUUCCUGGAUAGAGAAUUUUACCAAAACUUCAAUCAGGGAUCCGUGUGCUGGUCCAGUUUGUGACUGCAAAAGAAACAGUGAAGUAAUGGAUUGUGUGAUUCUAGAUGAUGGUGGAUUCCUUCUGAUGGCAAAUCAUGAUGAUUAUACUAACCAGAUUGGAAGAUUUUUUGGAGAAAUUGACCCGAGCUUGAUGAGACACCUUGUUAAUAUAUCAGUUUAUGCUUUUAACAAGUCAUAUGAUUAUCAGUCAGUGUGUGAGCCGGGUGCUGCACCCAAACAAGGAGCAGGGCAUCGCUCAGCAUAUGUGCCAUCAAUAGCAGACAUAUUACACAUUGGCUGGUGGGCUACUGCUGCUGCCUGGUCUAUUCUGCAACAGUUUCUCUUGAGUUUGACUUUUCCACGACUUCUUGAAGCAGUCGAGAUGGAGGACGAUGACUUCACAGCCUCCCUGUCAAAGCAGAGCUGCAUUACUGAACAAACCCAAUAUUUCUUCGAUAAUGAUAGUAAAUCAUUCAGUGGUGUACUGGACUGCGGAAACUGUUCCAGGAUCUUUCAUGUAGAAAAGCUUAUGAACACGAACUUAAUAUUCAUAAUGGUUGAGAGCAAAGGGACAUGUCCCUGCGACACACGACUGCUCAUACAAGCGGAGCAGACUUCUGAUGGUCCAGAUCCUUGUGAUAUGGUUAAGCAGCCCAGAUACCGAAAAGGGCCUGAUGUCUGCUUUGAUAACAGUGAUCAGGAGGAUUAUAGCGACUGUGGUGGUGUUUCUGGAUUAAAUCCUUCCCUGUGGACUCUCCUCGGAAUCCAGUUUAUCCUGCUGUGGCUGGUAUCUAGUAGCAGACACUGCCCAUUGUGACCUCCUAAAACCAAAAAUCUGCAUAAUUAAACUCCAGACCCUGCCAAAACAUGAGCCCUCAGUUACAUUAAAAUGGGGUCAGCCUUCAAAUCAGCAGAACAUUUGCUGGGUCCAUACCACGACAUAACUCUAAGGCACAGACUCAAAAGCACCCACUGGCUGCAUGUCAGGGUGUUAGAUCCUUAAACUUGUGUGACUGCUGCAUCAUCUAUGUAUAACAUCAAAACAGAAUUCUAUACGUGCUCUGUUGGGAAAUUUGAGAAUUUGUUGUUGUAUCACUGGUGAUUUCAUGUACAAGGGCUCCCCAUAAAAUAGUUUACCAAUUAUAAGAAUUGUCUUGAUUUUGACCUGGAUUCUUAACGAGAAAAUCUCUAGGAAGUUAUUGUUGCCUUCCCAUGUUCUUCUGUUAAAAAACGAUUCCUGCUUUGAGUAAUUAUUGAAAAAAAUAUAUAUAAAGAGAAAGAGAGAAAAUUAACCAUUGUCCAAACUGUUGAAAUACAAAUAAUGGCUAAUUUUAUGCAAAAAUUUGCCAUGAAUAAAAUGCCUUAUAAAAAUGGCCUGUCUACCAAAAAAAAAAAAAAAAAA